AUGGCUAAUGUGAGAACAUAUCGCACAAACGUGAGAAUUGGUAACUGGAAUGAGGACCUGCGCUUACAGGAGGAUGCAAUGAAAGAAUACCUGGAGAGAAAACAGAGGGGCGAGCUUUCUACCCAGAAAGUAGACUUCCUCAAACAGAACAUUUUGAGACCAGUGAAUCUCGCUGUGACGAAGGAUGGAGGAUUGCACUUUGGGGAUGUUGUGAUGUUGGUGAACAUGGGAGGAGAAAACAGGGAGUGUAGCGCAUUAAGCAUUAACGCAGACAUUAAUGGUUUGACAAAGAGUCCUUCGCCUAGCAUUCAAGAUCCAUGUGGAAUAAGUGCUGGGAGAGGUAUUCAGCCCUGCACACGCACUGCUUUCAUCAUUACCAGUGUAGAUGGAUGUCCUGAAGGAUCGACUCUGCAUUUUGAGCAAAGUUUUGCCCUGAAAACAACAAGUGGCUUUGCCAGGGGUCUUUACUUGACGAGCGACUUGAAGAAUUUUCAAAAGUGUGCAAAAAAGUCCCGCCUCCAGGAAGUAAACCUGACUGACGAUGACUCCUUUCUGUCGUGCUGGAAAGCAGUGCACUUUGAUCCUCAGGAGAGACUUGAAUAUGAGGGUCACCGUGUCCCUGCAAAUGUGAAAGUGCUGAUCGUACACUGCAAGACCAACCAGGCUCUUGCUGUUCUGGGGGAUCAUGUCCUUUGGACCACAUAUGGCAAAGAGUAUGAGGUGACAGCUCACACGUUCCUGGACUCCCACAAAGCUGAACAAGACAACAACCACUGGAUACUGUGUACCUCAGACCCUGAAGGAGAGGGGCUCUUACUUCUCAACCACCCACAGUCAGAAGCUCAGGACGCAGGGCUCACACAGGCAAACACAGACAUCUGA